AUGGGGGAUGCAAGAAAUAGGACAGCAGCUCAGGAAUUCACCCUCGAGGGGUUUCCUGCUGUCCAGCACCUGGGGAAGGUCCUCUUCUUGGUGCACCUGCUGAUGUAUCUGGCCUCCAUCACAGGAAACAUACUCAUCAUCACCAUCACCUGGGCUGACCAUCACCUCCAGACACCUAUGUACUUCUUCCUCAGCAGUUUUUCCUUUUUAGAAUGCUGUUUUAUAACCACCGUUAUUCCUAAAUUGCUGGCCAUCUUUCUGUUGGGGAGGCAAAAAAUUUCCUUUGCUGCCUGCAUCACACAAGCCUUUGUCUUUCUUUUCCUGGGAGCAACUGUUUUCUUCCUUAUGGCUGUAUUAUCCUUGGAUCGGUACAUGGACAUUUGCCAGCCUCUUUAUUAUCCAACCAUCAUGAACCCGAGGAUGUGUUCCCUUCUGGUCACUGUUUGCCUAGUUUUGGGGUUCUCCCUCAUGGUGGUUCCAGUUACAAAGCUUUCUCAGUUAUCCUUUUGUGGCUCCCGUGUCAUUCCUCACUUCUUCUGUGAUUUAGGGCCCUUGAUUAAUCUUUCUUGUUCUGACAUCAGAUCUAUUGAAAUGUUGGCCUUUGGCCUUGCUUUGUUUAUCCUUUUGACAUCCUUCAUUAUAACCAUCAUUUCAUACAGCAACAUAGUAGUCACAAUCAUGCAUCUCCCAUCAGCCAAGGAGCGACAGAAAGCUUUCUCCACCUGCUCCUCUCAUCUCAUCGUCCUCUCUCUUAUGUAUGGCAGCUGUGUCUUUAUAUAUAUGAAACCAAAGGGAACAAAUCAACUGUACUCCAACAAGGAGGCUGCCCUUGUGAACACGGUGGUGACCCCGAUGCUGAACCCUGUCAUCUACACUCUACGGAACAAGCAGGUCCACCAGGCUCUGAGGAAUGCCCUGACCAGGGUGCGAUUACAGAAAUAGAACCACAGACUCGUGGAGGGCAAAUCCACCUUUUCCAUCUAAUGCAGUCUCCCUCCUAUUUCUGGAAUCUCCUAUAUAGACUUACAAAUAUGUUUUU